AUGGACUUAAUCAGCUCCAUGCCUGAUGUGAUCCUCCAACAUAUCCUCUUCUUUGUUCCGACGAAACUCGCCAUCGAAACUUCUGUCUUGUCAAAACGAUGGAGGCAAGUAUGGUCCAAUAUAUCUGGUCUCUCCAUUGAUGAUUAUAAAAAUGAUGCUGAUGCGAUAAACGAAACCUUGACUCGCUACACAGCUUCCAAGAUGAUCAAGUUUCAUCUAUCAAGCUGCAUGAUCAAGCACACUGUAACCAACAUUAACAGAUGGAUCGAGUUCGCCAUGUCCCGCAACGUGGAGGAUCUAUCCCUCUUUGUCGAUUUUGUUCAUGGUUAUAACAUUCCUGAUUUAUUCUACAUCAGUUCCUCUGUUAAGCAACUCUGCCUUGUGUUACCAUAUUUUCAUAGGACUCUCAAAUGCUCUGCAUCUUGGACAUCUCUGAAAAAGCUGUCCUUGUGGUAUUGUUUUCUCCCAGAUGAAUCUAUUGCUAAGAUUCUAUAUGGUUACGUUGUCCGGUUCUCGAAAGCUUAA